GAUUUGGCCGCUAGCUCCGAUGGAGGGUCCAAGCUCGGAGUUGAACUUUGAGAUGACGAGAAAUUUAUCGCUGAAAACCUCCGCGCAUCGAAGCUCCAAUCCUCGAUCCUCUACGCAUCACCCUUUCAACGACCACGUUUUCUUCUCCCGCCCUUCUCUAGACCACCAAUUGACUCAUUCCCGAUCGCCACCAUGUUCCGCGCAGCAUUAAUUCGCACUGCCGCCACGGCGUCCCGCGCCGCCGUCGCUCGACCUAUCGCCCGAAAAGCCGUUGUCCCCGCCAGAGCUGUCUUCGCACCGGCGCCCCGACUCGCUGCCUUCCAAGCCGUACGAAUGUAUUCUGCCGGUAGUGGACUGAAGAAGGAGGAGGUCGAGGGUCGUAUUCUUGGCAUCUUACAAAAUUUCGACAAGGUUAACGACCCGAGCAACCUCAAGCCUACUGCGCACUUCGCAAACGACCUUGGUCUCGAUAGCCUAGAUACGGUGGAGGUUGUUAUGGCGAUAGAAGAGGAAUUUAGCAUCGAGAUUCCUGACAAGGACGCAGAUGGUAUCCACAGUGUGAACCAGGCUGUCGACUACAUCUUGAGCCAGCCUGAUGCGAACUAAGGCACCGCAUCUUGUACAUUAACAGCUAUACUACUUCUAUAGCAAUGACCGUACUGGCAUUUAGACCCCGCGGUGGUGGCUACGUACGUCUACAACAAGUCUUGAGACAAUGAUAGAGGGACUAUAAUCGACAAGGCCGAUAUAGUCAAAAUUCGAUGAGAAAGGAUAUCAAUGAAGAUUAGCAUGGCGUGGUUCAAAUCGAAUACGAUUCACUGCCGUUGUAUUAGUGUAUAAAUCUUUUCUCCCAUCCGAAGACCGUGCUUCUUUGUCUUUAGUUAAUCCAACUACAUGUAACUUUGGAAAUCAUGAA